GAGCCUCUUACAUAUGCAGCUUAAAAUACAUAUACAAAACUGUGGCAAUGCUUCUAUUCUUCUACUUAGUGUAUGUGUGGGAUUUUGUGUCAGUGUCACUUGUGUGGGUUCUCUUACUAUUCACUUGUUGUAUUUCCUUGGUGGGGAGAGGUUGGGGGUGGCCUAGGGUGAGGUUGGUUGUCUUUGGCUGGCUGUUGUGAGAUUUGUUUUUGUGUGUGAGUGGGAUACGUGUGUUGAUCAGGUUUGCCAGUUUGAUUCGUAUGCCGUCAGCCGAUUCUUGCCAUAGUCUUGUUGGGCUGUGUAUGUGAUAAAGGGGAACCAUACCAGGGUGAAGGCGUCUUCUUCUAUUUGUACCUGUGUCAGUUUCAGUUUAUUGGUUAGUUUUUCUAAUAAGGCUGUUUCCCAUGCUAUUUGAUACCAUUGGUCCCUGGUCUCUCCAGUGUCUGGCUAUGAUGCUUCUGGGCUGCUGAGAGUAGGUGGGUUAUGAGCUCUUUGUGAUGUGAAUGGGCAUUGGAGAAAUAUUGGAAGCUACACAUUCAGCUACAAACAGACUGGCAGUGCCUAACCCAAGAUUUUAGACGGGGAUCCCAACCUUGCCGCUCCAGGAUCCAGAACCCGGCACCUUCUGCUUGCGAGGCAGGCGCUCUGCUACUGCGCCACGGUCCUUCCGUGGGCGCGUCUCACCGCAGAGCGGUUAAAAGUUCCAGCCUCAGGCGGCUGACAGAGCCGCCCUCCGAACGGCAGGGGGAGCCCGACAGGCGCUCCGCCUCACCUCCACCCUCCGCCCCUCUGGCCGGCUGCGGGCUCUAUGGCCAAUCCGGCGACGCUCUGCCUCCGGCGGACGGCGCCUCUGUGGUAGCGAGCCCGAGUAAAACCAUCCUAACCCCACAUCCGCCUCCCUCCCUCCCUCCCCUCCCUGCGCCCCGCCGCUUUGUACUGCUGAGGGAGGGAAGAUGGCGGCGCGGGCGGGCUUCCAGGCGGUGGCUCCGAGCGGCGGCGGCGGCGGGGCCGGCCCCGGGGCGGGAGCGCUGGGCCCAGGGGCUGCCGGGCCUCCUGUGCGGAUGGGCCCGGCCCCGGGGCAAGGAAUGUACCGCUCUCCCCUGCCCGGCGCUGCAUACCCGGUACCCGGCCCGGCCCGGCUGAGGGGAAGGCGAAGGGGGCGGGGCCUGGGGGCGGGGCGUCCGCGAGAGGCGAGGGAGGGAGGGAGGCGGCGGCGGCGGCGGCGACGCUGCAGUGGGCGGGGCUUUCUGGUGGGCGGGGCUGGGAGAGGCUUUCUCUGGGAAGAUGGAGGAGAGGAGCAAACGGGAAAAGAGCUGCUGGAAGAGGGCAGGAUCCGGGGCAUAAGAUUUAUUGGACCCAAAGGAGAAAGGAGAAAUAAAAGCGGGGGGAGAAUAUGGGGGUGAGGCUUCAAUGGCUGGGAGGAAAGGAGGCGGGAAACGGGGGGGCUGCGGGUUUAAGGAUCAAGGGUUUAGGGCCGAGGGGGAGGGGAAAGGGGUGGUAUUUAGGGCGAUGUGGGGAGGGGAGGAAGAUCCGGGUUCUCUGGCCUUAAAUGGGGGAUUUGCAGCCGGUACGUGGAAAUGCAUUUAAGGGAAUCUUCUUGGGGAGGUUUGAUUAUGGUAUUUUCAUUUGUUUAAUUUAUAAGGUUUUGCAUAUUUUGGGGUUUUUAUUGCAUAAAAGUGAUGCAUAAGGAAACGGAGAAUUAGAAGUGCACCUGUUUUGAAAGCAUAGAGAGAGUUAAAGCCGACAGAAAUCCGGCUAGCCGAUGUAAAGGUGUUUGGUUUUGGUUUUUUCAAAUGAAUAAAUGAAAAAUUCCAAAGGGGGAGGUGGGGUGUUCCAGAGAUAGCGAGGCUAAAGGCGGGUUUGUGCAAGGAGCAGCAGGUACAAGCGAUAAAGCUUUGCUUGGCUUGUACCGUUUCAGGGGGCAGGGAAGGGUUGCUUGUUUGAAUGCUUCUCUGACCAGGAGAGAAACUUACCCCCGCCCCAUGUCUACACACACAUUUAAGCUUAAUGCAAUAAUAGGGAAAUGUCUGGAUUCUUCUAUGUGAAGUGCUAGAUGCACUGCACACAAAAUAACAUAUUUUUUGCUCUAUAAGACUCACUUUUUCUCUCCUAAAAAGUAAGGGGAAAUGUGUGUGCAUCUUAUGGAGCGAAUGCAGGCUGCGCAGCUAUCCCAGAAGCCAGAAACAGCAAGAGGGAUCGCUGCUUUCACUGUGCAGUGAUUCCUCCUGCUGUUCUGGCUUCUGAGAUUCAGAAUAUUUUUUUUCUUAUUUUCCUCCAAAAACUAUGUGCUUCUUAUGGUCUGGUGCGUCUUAUAGAGCGAAAAAUACGGUAAUUCGUAUGUUGGAGGCAUAGCGAAACUUGCAAGUCUCCAGCUGCAGGCUGAAAUGGCACAAUCGAAGAAAAGCUGUACCACUUGAUUCUGUUGGGACCAACCGUGACAGAUGAGAUUAAGAAAUACCUUUGAUGGAACUGAAGGGAAAUGUCUUAGGGUGUUUCGCUAAAGGGAAGCGGUGAUGUCCUGAGGCUCUUCCAAAGUCAUGUUCCUCUGUGUUCUUUAUUUUCCCAGCGCCCUGGCAUGCUGCCUGGCAGCCGCAUGAACCCUCAGGGACCUGCCAUGGGACCUCCAGGGUAUGGCGGGAGCCCUUCAGUCCGACCAGGGAUGGCUCAGUCGGGAAUGGACCAGUCUCGCAAAAGGCCAGCCCCUCAGCAGAUCCAGCAAGUUCAGCAACAGUCAGUUCAGAACCGUAACCAUAAGUAAGAGAACCCGCUUCUUUCACAAGCCUCGUGGCAAUGAAGAGCAUAAAUGCCAUGCUCUUCAGCAUCUUUGGGGUGAUAUUGGCUGUUAUUUUAAGUUCCAAAAAUGGUUUACUUGGAAAAAUAGAGAGAGGGAGAGGAGAAGCCUCAGGAAGACAAUUUAAACUCUGAAAUCACUAUUGAUAUAACUAGGAGGAAAGGAGAUGUAACUGCAGACUCGCUGACAGCCAUGUAUUUAUGGGAGCUUCCUGCACUGAACAUUCCUUUCCUGUAUCCUCAAUCUGUGAUUCCCACAUAAGUCAUGUGGUCAGAUAUUAGCAUGGGAUACUGUGUGGGUGCAUUGUGGUUUGUGCAGGUCAGGUGCACUGUCUUGAGUUUCGAAAGAACCCAGAGCGAAAAAGCCAAGUGGUGUUCUCUGAUACUUGCAUAUACUGGUGCUCUCAAUAUGACAAGCUUCUUUAGGUUGCAGAUGUGAAAUAAUUUUACCUAUAUUAAGAUCCCCACUGCAGAUUGCAGCCGUGUGCAUACUUACUAAGGAGCAUGUUCCUCUGAACUCAGUGGAACUUACUUCUGAGUAAAUAUGCCUAGGAUCAUGCUGUGAUUCCUAGACACUGGCAUUCAACUUCAUUUAGAAAGUUUCUUUUAAAAUAUAUAUAUAUUGAUUUUUCACUGAAAAAUCUUUACAAAUUUUAACAUAAACGGUAAAUUACUUUAUCCAUUGACCUUUUAGAAUUUUUCAUUAUUAAAAAACCCCCAGAUGACUUUUAUUUCCUUGGCGCCUAACAAAGCUCUGUCAUAGUAGGAAGUAUCCUUUAUGUAUUUUGUUUGCAUUUUUAUUUUUAUUUAAAAUGGAUCAAAUAGUAGAUAUGAUUCAGUAACAUAUCCAAUCUACAAGGUACUGCUUAGCCAGGGGUUCGGACUUACCACCCUAACAAUUUUGUUUUUACAUAGUGCCAAGAAAAAGAAGAUGGCGGAUAAGAUUCUACCUCAGCGGGUGAGUGAGGCUUGAAGCGCUUUGAGGUCUGUUACGGUUUCAGGGAGCCAGGCCAGUCCUGACUGAUAAUACUUGUGCUCUGUUCUAGAUCCGGGAGCUAGUGCCAGAGUCUCAGGCGUACAUGGAUUUGUUGGCGUUUGAGAGGAAGCUGGACCAGACCAUCAUGAGGAAGCGGUUGGAUAUCCAGGAGGCCUUGAAGCGGCCCAUUAAGGUAACAAGAGGAGAGUCCCCAUAAGAAACGCCGAUCUUUCCUACAGCAAUAGAAAAUAAAGUCAACAUGCCCAGUACAGACAUAGCAAUUAUGUUGCUGUCUGGGGCACAGUUACAGGCUCCGGGCUUCUCUAAAUAGGAAUUCUCAAGUGUGCAUUUGCGAUUAGAAACGUACAGUGGUACCUCGGUUUUCGAACAUCUUGGAAGUCAAACUUUUCUGUUUUCGAAUGCCAAAAACCCAGAAGUAAAUGCUUCCAUUUUCAAACGUGCCUCGGAAGUCAAAUGGCUUCCACUGAGUUUUUUAAAAAUUUAUUUUCUCCAUUAAAUUUGCCUUUGUGCCUCGAUUUUUGAACGUUUCGGAACUGUCUUCCGGAACAGAUUACGUUCAAAAACCCAGGUACAGUCAUAUCUCAUGUUAUGUUUGCUUCAUGUUACAUUUUUUCAGGUUGCGUCCCACAGUGACCCGGAAGUACCGGAAAGGGUUACUUCCGGGUUUCGCUGCUCGCGCAUGCGCACAAGCGCUAAAUUGUGCUAUGCGCACAAGCACCAAGUCGCGCCGCACACCUGCACAGAUAUGGCGCUUCAGGUUGCGGGCUUUACAUGUUGCGAACGGGCCUCUGGAACGGAUCCCAUUCGCAACCAGAGGUACCACUGUAUUCGCUUCCUGUCUAUCGCAAACCAUACCUGCUAAGAUGGUUAGAGUUGCUUUCAAACCAAAGUCCCAUCUACACUUCAAGUGCUGAAAUGAAUUAAGCCAGGAGACCCUGCAAAGCAAAUGGAAGAAGGCCGUGGUUAGUCGCUUCUCCUGUAGUAGCUUAAUCAAAGGUUAUGAACUGAGACCUGACUUCUUCUGCAGGUGCUGACUGAUACAGAAGAAAUCACACUGUUCCCUGAUGACACAGUUUAAGUUAGCUGCUGCUUCCUUGCUCAAUCUGCAGCUAUCAGAUACAGAGAUGAGCAUUAGCAGCUGUGCAGACCCCUUUUCUUUUUGGGGUGUCCAGUUGGUUCCUUGGGUUGAGGAAGUGUUAAAUAUUACGGUUAUCGGUUCUCACUUUCACAACUAAUGCGCACUGGGUGCUGCUCCUUUUCAGCAAAAGCGGAAGCUGCGCAUCUUUAUCUCUAACACCUUCAACCCAGCCAAGUCUGAUGCAGAGGAUGGAGAAGGCACCGUGGCCUCCUGGGAGCUCCGAGUGGAAGGACGUCUGCUAGAAGAUGUGAGUGAGGGCUACAAUCGCCAUCUCCACUUAGGGCUGCAGAGAGUUUGCAAAUGUAUCAUUGCUGAGUUCCUAAUGCCUGGGGUUCUUUAAACUAGACAAGGUGGAGAGCAGCUAAACCUUGCCUGUAGCCAGUCCUGAAAGUUGGCUUCUACCGAUGCUUGAAAUAAGUGUUAUGUCACAACCAAAAUGCUGGGUUUGCAAGAAGUGGCAUGUGACUCAUCUCCAGCCUGGAAUCACACAAUUUCUCAUACUUUACAUAGCUGCACUGUGAGAUAAUUCUUUGGUUUGUAUUCAGGAACGAACAUCGAGUGCUUCUGCUGAUUGCAAGCAGCAAAACAGAUUGGUUGAACAGAUUCAGAUUGUAUACUAUUUGGUUCAACAGUGGAGAUCUCUAAUUGGCACCUGAGAUUUCAUUCAGGCCAUAUUCAUAAUCUGCCUUAAUCUUACAGUUCUUAAGGUCUAUCUUUUCGAUGGUCAGGCGUAUCAAUUUCACAUCUUUAAAAACUUAAGAGAACUUCCAGGGUUUUUUAGGGGGUGGGGAGGCCAUGAAGCUGACAUAAGCCUAACGCUUGCAAGUGACAUACACUUCAAUAAGCCCCAAAGAAGACCUUAGAUAAAGGAUACUACACUGAGGAGGGGUGGAUGCAAUACAGUGCUAGAGAGGACAUUGCUCUUGGCUCUGUGGAAGGCAUUUGACAGGUCACAGAGAGCAACCUUUCAUAUCUUUACUUGAGAGAUGAUUCACGGUUCCUGUUAGUUUCUCAGGCUUGAUUGACUGCUCUGUGUAAUUGGUUGCUGUGAUCCGGGAUCUGCUGGUCUCAUUCUCCCUUUUCCCUCCUCCCCUUUCAUCAGUCUGCUCUCUCAAAGUAUGAUGCUACCAAACAGAAGAGGAAGUUCUCAUCCUUCUUUAAGUCUCUGGUGAUUGAGCUGGACAAGGACCUCUAUGGCCCUGAUAAUCACCUGGUGGAGGUAAGAUGCUUCUCAUGGGGGUGUGUGGGUGUUUCAGGACACGGGUGGCGCUGUGGUCUAAACCACUGAGCCUCUUGGGCUUGCUGAUCGGAAGGCCGGCAGUUCGAAUCCCCACAACAGGGUGAGCUCCCGUUGUGCUGUCCCAGCUCCUGCCAACCUAGCAGUUUGAAAGCACGCCAGUGCAAGCAGAUAAAUAGGCACCGCUGUGGCGGGAAGGUAAACAGCUUUUCCAUGAGUUCUGGUUUCCAUCACAGUGUCUCAUUGCGCUGGAAGCGGUUUAGUCAUGCUGGCCAGAAGACCUGGAAAGCUGUCUGUAGACAAACACCAGCUCCCUCAUCCUGAAAGGGAGAUGAGCGCCGCACCCCAUAGUUGCCUUUGACUGGACUUAACCGUCCAGGCGUCCUUUACCUUUAACCUAUGUUUGUUAUAUCGCAUAACCCCAAUAGCUUCCUAAACCAAUAUAUGUUCUCAACCCGAUUAUGGCAUGUAAGGAAUAUGGAAGCCACAGUAACAGAGAAUCAAGUGCAAAGGUCUGGAACGGCUUCCAGUACAGCAUACUGCUCUUUAUGCAGUGGCAUUUCACUUUGUCUCUGAAUGCCUGUCUCUUUCUUUCCCUGCCACCUCACCUGUCCUGUUUUUCCCCUCUCUCCUCACCUUUAGUGGCAUAGGACUGCUACCACCCAGGAAACUGACGGUUUCCAGGUGAAAAGACCUGGCGAUGUGAAUGUGCGUUGUACUGUCCUCUUGAUGCUGGAUUACCAGGUAGGCUAAAGCUCCUUCAUGAUAGAGCCAGCUGAGAUGGGGCCUGAGGGGAGAGGAAAUGCCAGGUAGUAGGGGAGGGAAGCUGAGAAAAAGUUCACCAAUGGCAACCAAGACAUCCCUUUGGUUUUAUAUAGCAUAUGAGUAGACGAAUCUAAAAAGCCCGGGACCCAAAUUCUCACAGCUCUCUAAUAAUAAUAAUAAUAAUAAUAAAUUUUAUUUAUACCCCAGCCAGAGCUGGGCUCAGGGCAGCUAACACCAGUAAAAUUACAGUAAAAACAUAAUGGGAGGGGCAAUUUAAAAUACAGGUUAAAAUGCAAUUUAAAAUGCAGCCUCGUUUUAAAAGUAGCCCAUAGAUCAAAACCAUAAGGAGAGGGAAACAUAAGGGUCAGACUGAGUCCAAACCAAAAGACAGGCAGAACAGCUCUGUCUUGCAGGCCCUGCGGAAAAAUGUCAAGUCCCACAGGGCCCUAGUCUCUUGUGACAGAGCGUUCCGCCAAGUCGGGGCCAGUACUGAAAAGGCCCUGGCCCUAGUUGAGCAGCUAUGGUGGCUCAUUUACCAGACGUAAUGUAUUUAACGGUAACUCCAGAUGUGUAUACUGGGUUCUGACCAAACCAAGCUUCCUAGACCCAUGUACAAUCUGAAACCAAAGGGGUGCAUUGGUUGCUAGAUGUGAAAUACAUUGGCAUUAUUUUCAGCUCUUCAGCCCCACUAAGAACGUUUGUGUUUAUCAGCCAACAACUGCUCUGUCAACAGUCACUAAUGAUUUCUACAUUUGAUCUUUAAUGCAAUUAUCAGAAUCAGGUACAGUGGUGCCCCGCAAGACGAAUGCGUCGCAAGACGAAUGCCUCGCAAGACGAAAGGGUUUUGCGUUUUUUGAGUCGUUCCGCAAGAAGAAUUUCCCUAUGGGCUUGCUUCGCAAGACGAAACGUCUUGCGAGUUCUUGCGAGUAUUUCCUUUUUCUUAAAGCCGCUAAGCCGUUAAUAGCCGCUAAGCCGCUAAUAGCCGUGCUUCGCAAGACGAAAAAACCGCAAGACGAAGAGACUCGCGGAACGGAUUAAUUUCGUCUUGCGAGGCACCACUGUAUUUCUUGUGUUUCAUUUUCCUCUGACUUCACCUCUAGCUACCCAUGUGUAUAGAUGUACCUGAUAACUUCUAAACUGCUCAGAGGCUUUACUACAGCCCAGGGGUAUAUAAAUGUUGUUGAAUAAAUAAGAUAGCAUCCCAUCCUUCUGAUGAAUUGGCUUCUGGGCCAUGAAAGCUUCUGUUAUAAUUUUGUGAGUCUAUAAGGUUGCCACAGUUUUCUUAGGCUUUGUUGUUGUUGUUGUUGUUAUUUGCUACGACUGACUAGCACAGCUGCCCCUCUGGAAAUAUGAGGGAUAUCAGCAACUGUGGUAAAAUUGUAACUAGACCGUCUUUUGGACCUGUCCGUGUUCCCACAGACACUUUUUUAUCACAAAAUUGCUUCAAUUCUCUUUCCUGACGUGAGUUUGUGUAGUAAAAGUGGUGAUUAAAAUAAUAAGUGGUUUCGAAUGUACUCACGGGGUGGUUGCAAUAUCACCAAGUGAAUGAUUUGUUAAAAGAUGAUAAAAAGAAACUGGGAUUUGAAGAUAAAAAAUCUAAAUUUAAUGUGGAAGUCAUAGAAGGUAAAAAUAAAACAUUAUCUAGGAUGUAUGACAUCUUACUGGACUGGUAUACAAAAGACGAAGAGGUGAAGGAGGUUAUGAUAAAAUGGGCCGUAGAUAUCAGUCAUAAUAUUGACUUUGUAAAGUGGCAAGAACUGUGGAAUGUAAAUAUGAAAUUCACGGCGUGAACCUUUGGAAGAUGAUUUAUAGGUGGUAUCUCACGCCAGUGAAAUUGGCUAAGAUCUAUAAACUGAAGACUAAGAAAUGUUGGAAAUGUGGAGAGGGGGAUGGUGAGUUCUACCACAUGUGGUGGACAUGCAGUAAAGUAAAAGGCUUUUGGGAACUGAUUUACAACGAACUUAAAAAAAAAUUUAAAUAUACUUUUCCCAAAAAGCCUGAAGCUUUCCUGCUAGGAAUAGUAGGCAAGGAAAUUAAAAAAGAGGAUAAAAAUCUGUUUCUAUAUGCCACAACGGCCGCUAGAACUAUGUUAGCCCAAAGUUGGAAAAUGGAGUUAAUACCUACUAUAAAUGACUGGCAGAUCAAGAUGUUAAACUAUGCUGAACUAGCUAGAAUAUCAGGAAGAUUAAGAGACCAGGAUGACCAGAAGUUUCAUGACAAUUGGAACAAAUAUCUAACGUAUAUUAAAGAUAAGUAUAGAACUUUGAUGACUCUGGCAGGGUUGGAAUAACUCUAACAGUGUUUGGCAAAUAUGCAAAAGAGAUAAAACACGUGACUUUAGAAUCUAUCUGAUACUUACCAACGAAGUGAAGGGAAGUCCGGGGCUCGGCGGAGCCUAAAAUAACUGUGUAAUGUAUAUAUGACUUUUGUAACAGCUAUGUUAUAUGUAACUUAUGUAAUCUAGACUGCAUAUAUGUAUAACCAAUGAAAAACUAAUAAAAAUUUAUAUGGGGUAAGAUGGGGGGGGGGGGAAUGAGUGUUUUCUCUCCACCACCCCGCCAAAAUGGUCACAGGGAAUUUUUUUUCUCCCCCUCAGAAGUUGAGGGGUGGUGGUUGUUGUUUUUUACGAUUUUUAGGCAAGGCAAAUAAGAGAGCUGUGUUCUUGCCCUUUUGAGACUUUGCUUUUCCUUUGCAGCCUCCUCAGUUCAAACUGGACCCCCGUUUGGCUCGCCUCUUGGGCAUCCACACCCAGACCCGCCCAGUGAUUAUCCAGGCCCUGUGGCAAUACAUCAAGACGCACAAGCUGCAGGACCCUCACGAACGGGAAUACGUCAUUUGUGACAAGUACCUCCAGCAGGUAAAAGCUAUGAGGCCAGGCAGCGGCUCUUUCUGGGGUAUCGUAAGAGCUGGGCCCUUCUGAGCUGCUUGGCCUUCCCUUUCGACCUGCAGAUAUUUGAAUCUCAGCGAAUGAAGUUCUCGGAGAUUCCUCAGCGGUUGCAUGCUUUGCUUAUGCCUCCAGAACCGAUCAUCAUCAACCAUGUCAUCAGGUAAGGCGCAAGCGGGGCUUGGCGUGGGAAUCUUAGCCAGGCAGGCCGCAGGACUGUCGUGGGGGGGAGGGUGACAUAAGCGAAAAUAUUUACAAUGACAAAAAAACAACCACGCUAGAACAAACUUUCAGUAGUGAUUCUUGCUUCAAGUUGUACUGAGGGGGGUCUGUUUUAAGGUGCAUAUCAUUUUCACAUUUCCCAAACAUUCAUGCUUUAAAGUAGAAGCAGAAAUCAAUCUAUGGAAAAUUGGAAGUUCUGGGCAGACUGGAUUUGGAGGAUGGAUGGCGGCGAACAGAUUGAGCUUGAAUCCUGACAAGACAGAAGUACUGUUUUUGGGGGACAGAAGGCGGGCAGGUGUGGAGGAUUCCCUGGUCCUGAAUGGGGUAACUGUGCCCCUGAAGGACCAGGUGCGCAGCCUGGGAGUCAUUUUGGACUCACAGCUGUCCAUGGAGGCACAGUCAAAUCUGUGUCCAGGGCAGCUGUUUACCAGCUCCAUCUGGUACAUAGGCUGAGACCCUACCUGCCCGCGGACUGUCUCGCCAGAGUGGUGCAUGCUCUAGUUAUCUCCCACUUGGACUACUGCAAUAUGCUCUAUGUGGGACUACCUUUGAAGGUGACUUGGAAACUACAACUAAUCCAGAAUGCGGCAGCUGGACUGGUGACUGGGGGCGGCCGCCAAGACCAUAUAACACCAGUCUUGAAAGACCUACAUUGGCUCCCAGUACGUUUCCGAGCACAAUUCAAAGUGUUGGUGUUGACCUUUAAAGCCCUAAACGGCCUCGGUCCAGUAUACUUGAAGGAGCAUCUCCACCCCCAUCGUUAUGCCCGGACGCUGAGGUCCAGCGCUGAGGGCCUUCUGGCGGUUCCCUCAUUGCGAGAAUCAAAGCUACAGGGAACCAGGCAGAGGGCCUUCUUGGUAGUGGCGCCCGCCCUGUGGAACGCCCUUCCAGCAGAUGUCAAAGCGAUAAACAACUACCUGACAUUCAGAAGACAUCUUAAGGCAGCCCUGUUCAAGGAAGUUUUUAACGUGUGAUAUUUUACUGUAUUUUUGGUUUCUAUGGAAGCCGCUCAGAGUGGCUGGGGAGGCCCAGCCAGAUGGGCGGGGUAUAAAUAAUAAAUUAUUAUUAUUAUUAUUAUUAUUAUUAUUAUUAUUAUUAUUUAUUUUGGAAGCAGAGAAAUGCUACCUAAAAAUGUUCUUUGCCUAAGGUGGUUAAGGUAGGGGUGACGUAAGCUGUGGACCUUCAGAUGGUUGUUGUUAUUAUUAUUAAAUUAUCAAUCAAUCGGUAUUUAUUACGGUCCAGAGACCCAACAAAUUGUUACAAAGCAAUGCACAAUUCAGACAGCCUACCUCCAACUUAAACAAGCAUUUUGUUCAGACUUAAGGAUAGGGAUCAUGCAACCACCAAUAAAAACUUUGCCACUGCUAAUGUUCUAGCGUUUGUCCAGUCUUCCAAUAGGAACCUGACAUAGUGAGCCUCUGAUUUUCCCGGGAAAGAUACCAGCAAGGGUAAUAUCAGUUCAGCCCUGGCUUGCUCAUAUUUUGCACAGUGCAGCAAAAUGGAAUCGAUGUCUUGAGCACAUGAGCAAAGUCUGUCCUGGUAGGGAACUCCUCUCAACCUGCCAUCCAACACUGCAGAAGGAAAGACGUUUAGUCUGGCUUUGGUGAAAAGCCUUCAAUAGUUUGGUACUGUCAGGUUUUUAAUGUAAGAUGUUAACUUAAAGACAUUUAUUAAAUUAUUAUUUCCUGAUAUUUAAUUUUACUGUUUGCUAUUAUAUUCUAAUGGAUUGUGAAAUGUUGCUUUAUUUGAUAUAAGUUGUUUAUUUUAAAGUUAUUGUGACUUCUUUCUGUGGGGUCAGAUUGCUAUUAUUAAUGUUUGAUGUUUUAUUAUGUUUUAAAGGUGUUGGAAGCUGCCCAGAGUGGCUGGGCCAACUCAGCCAGAUGGGCGGGUAUAAAUAAUAAAAUUGUGUGUGUCCCCCCCACCCCCCCAUCUGACUGGGUUGCCCCAACCACUCUGAGCGGCUUGCAACAAAUAUAAAAGCGUAAUAAAACAUCUAACACUGAAAAACUUACCUAUUCAGGGCUGCCUUCAGAUGUCUUCUAAACGUUGUGUAGUUCUUUAGCCCCUUGACAACUGAUGGGAGGGCAUUCCACAGGGCUGGGGCCACUAACAUGAAGUCCUCUGCCUGGUUCCCUGUAACUUCUUGCAGUGAGGUUACUGAAUUACAACUUCCAUCAUCCUGGACAUGCAGGCUGAGGUUGAUGGGAGUUGUAGUUCGACAGUUCCUGAACAAGGCUACUGAUUGUCCGUCCCAGCUUGAUGAUUCAUUUCCCCAGUUAUCUCUGUCGGUGAUUUGGUAGAGUUCUGCUGAACCCACACACCUCUCUCUCUCUCUCUCUCUCUCUCUCUCUCUCUCAUCUUGCUUCUCCAGCGUCGAUCCAAAUGAUCAGAAGAAAACUGCUUGCUAUGACAUUGAUGUGGAAGUGGAUGACACUUUGAAAACCCAAAUGAAUUCUUUCCUGCUCUCCACAGCCAGUCAGCAGGAGAUAGCUGCACUGGAUAACAAGGUGGGAGCGAGUCUCUGAAAAGUGGCCUUUGCACUUUGCAAAGACUCUUGCUUUGAUCUCUGUGAUGUCUGAGAAGGUACAGCUCUUCCUGCGUCGUGUCCAGUUGUGAGCUUUUAAAGUUGUUCUGCAGCCAUGUAGAUUAAAACUUUGGGGUCAUAAAAAUCCAUUGAAACAGCAAGCAUUACGCAACUCUGUUGGGGUGGUGAAAUAGGGCAAAAAGAAGAAAAAUACUUUAUAAUGCUUGGUGAUUUAGAGAAGGCACCAGCAGUUGGCAGUCCUGGUUUCUUCCAUGACUGUAUGUUGAUGUCAUGCAUUGGAUUGCAGCAUUGAGGUUCGAACAGACAGCUUCUCCCCAUUGCCUUUAGAGUAAGCCCAGAUUUAAGUUGUGCACAUUCAGCUUACGCCUUACGCGCUUGGCAAACCAAAACAAAAAAUUUAGAAAGGGGGCGGAUGUCCACUGACCAUUGCACCCAAUGCCGUUUUGGCUUUAGGCGUGAUCCCUGCAAUGUAACCCCUGCGUAAGUUGAGGGCUUUGUGUAUUUCUGAAUACUUUGGUUAUGUAGGGUAGGGGUGGUAGACCCAGUGUGGUGUGUGGGAACCCAGCCGCCACCCUCCUGCAGAUUUUAAGCAUGAGAACAGCCUCCUAAGGGAGCUAGUAGGCUUUUUCCAAUUGCAGUGUAGGAAUGAUUUGGGGGAGCUCUAACCCUGCAGGUGCACACACGUACACUGAAAACGGUCCCUCUGCACCACAACAAGGUUUGAAAGCAGUCUUCUGUUGAAAGGCUGUUUUUAAGCCUAAUUGCGGUGUAUAAUUUUUGUGGCAAGAAGGCUUCUCCAGCUGCAAGCGCCUCAAAUAACACAGGCACCGUUCUGGCAGCUUGGCCUGAAAACUGCCAAAAUGAUUGCUGGCGGGGGAUGAACAAGUGCAUGAGAGAGUAUGAUUUGACCAGGCCAAUUUUGCCUGCACCCACUGUUUGUUUUUUGGUCCUCGCCACCAUUGGCUAAUGCAGCCUCCAGAGAGAAUUGUGGCCUAUGGACCCAUAAAAGUUCUCCAACGUGAGAGCCAGUGUGGUGUAGUGGUUAAGAGCGGUGGACUUGUAAUCUGGUGAACCGGGUUCACUUCCUCGCUCCUCUACAUGCAGCUGCUGGGUGACCUUGGGCCAGUCACACUUCUCUGAAGUCUCUCAGCCUCACUCAACUCACAGACUGUUGUGGGGGAGGAAGGGAGAGGAGAAUGUGAGCCACUUUGAGACUCCUUAAAGGGAGUGAAAGGCGGGAUAUCAAGUGCAAACUCUUCUUCCUCCCUAUCCCUGCUCUAAGGCCUGUAAAUGUGAGCUGCACAUUGCACUGGCUCACGUGACUCCCCAAUGGUCUUUUCUGACCAAAAGGGAGCACAGAAUACUCUGGCCCAGGCCCGCUUCCCGUGUGUAUUUUCACUGUAUCUCUACAAGAAUACAUGCCACCUACUCUCAUGCAGGUGUGUGGUAUCUCAGUGGCAAAACUACCUGUUUUGUCUUGCAAACGGACAGCUUCUUGAUGAACAUAUGGCCAUUCAGCAGCUCAGCAUCUUGCAAAAAGGGUUCAAGGGCAACUGCUGUCUGAGAGUUUUCCACAGUCUCUCAGGUCAUCUGUAGCAGCCUUUAAGUCUAACCUGGGUUUUCUCAGCUUCCUGGCCUGCAGUCAGCCUUUCAGAGCCUCUGGGACAGCUGCCCAGUCACUGUCAUUAAAGGAUGAAACAAAACAGAUUCCUGCCUGGUAGGAUUCAGGCUCUGGGGCAACUGCUGAAGGAUCUACUACUUUUAACCAGGACAGGGGGUGGGACUUGUAGGGAUGGUGCAUGUGGAGAGAGCCUUGACACAAUUGGGUCAGCUAUAAAAUAUCCCAGCCUACUGCAUACUUGCAAGCAUAUUUACUCAGAAUAAGCCCCAUUGAGUUUUUAACGGGACUUACUCCCUCCUUGGGAUCCCAGUCCUGAUGCCAUUUCAGUUCUGCCUUUUGACGUUCUGGAGUUUUUCAUACAGAUUUUAGCUUUCCCUGCUUGGAAUUGAUGGCUGGGAUUUUUUUUUUUAUUUGCUUAAUUAAUACAGCUGCUACUAGAUCCGUAUGAACCCCUUCAUAAAUUUGAUCCCAUUUGCUGAAUUGAGAGAGAAGGGGGACCCUAAGUUGGGUUUACAGUUGCCUUGUUCUGAAACCAUGCAACAAACCAAAUGAGUGCACGGAUAAAAUGGCACAAAUUUACAGGAAGGAAGAGGAAAAACUUGCCACAGCAGAGUAGAGGACUCAGUCGGUGGCCAAGAAGAGAGGUAUAAUGUGUGUUCUUGCUUCUGAAUAUGUUCUGCGUUAAAAAAACAACGAGGAGUGAAAAUGUGCCCCAGGAUACAUUGGAAGCUGCAGACCUUCUUCAUGUGCGUUCUGGUAGCAGGUGGCAUUUCAGCACGGUGCUGUUGCAUCCCUUUUGCCAACGUUUCCGUGCGUCGUUUUCUCCCAUCUCAGAUCCACGAGACCAUAGAAACAAUCAACCAGCUGAAGACCCAGCGGGAAUUCAUGCUGAGCUUUGCCAGAGACCCCCAGGGCUUCAUCAACGACUGGCUGCAGUCCCAGUGCCGGGACCUGAAGGUGAGAAGCCUCGAAGGAGAAUUCAAGCACAGAUCACCACCUGGCUUUGUUUGGGCCAGCUACACUGCAUUUCCAGUUGAAAGGCUAGCCUAGGGGGUUAAAAUUUAGAAUCCUUGUUGGGCCUUUCAAGCGAGGGCUUCCGGCUUAGCUCAUGCAUGAAUGGAUGCAUUAAAAGGGUCUCCCUCUCCCUUUCCCUAUGCUCCUUCCAGGCUAUGACUGAUGUUGUCGGGAACCCAGAAGAGGAGCGCCGAGCUGAGUUUUACUUCCAGCCAUGGGCUCAGGAGGCCGUGUGCAGAUACUUCUACUCUAAGGUAAACAGGCUCAUCCUCUGUGAUCCCUUCCAAACAGUGAGCUGGACAGUCUCCCAUAUCAUGGAGAGUCACCUACUCAGUUUGGGCAGGAUACAGUGGUGCCUCGCAAGACGAAAUUAAUCCGUUCCGCAAGAGUCUUCGUCUAGCGGUUUUUUCGUCUUGCGAAGCAAGCCCAUUGACGGAUUAGCGCUAUUAGCGCUAUCAGCUGUUUAGCGGCUAUUAAAGGCUUAAAGGCUUAGGGGAUUAGCUGCUAAAAGGCUAUUAAAGGCUAUUAAAGGCUUAGCAGAUUAGAUAAAGGGGGGGGAAAGCGAAAAAAAAAAUCUCAAGACUCGCAAGACAUUUUCGUCUUGCGAAGCAAGCCCAUAGGGGAAUUCGUCCUGCGAAGCAACUCCAAAACGGAAAACCCUUUCGUCUAGCGGUUUUUCCGUCUUGCGAGGCAUUCGUCUUGCGGGGCACCACUGUACUUUAGUCCUGGUUGCCCAGUUGCCUUUCAAGGCCCUGCCAGCCAUGAGCAUAUUUAACUUGGAGCCAAACAUAUUUAAGAGCAACACACAGCAAACGAAUAAAGGAUAAUUUUCCAUACUCCUUCAGGUUUAUAUUUUGUCUUGUGCAGUUCAGAGCCUAACCCAGUCUGUGUAUGGAAUAAUCACCAAAACGCCCAAAAAAGAUUUAAAAAUUGGAGGUGCGGGCAUGGCGCACAAAAGAACUUAAGAGUUCACAUUUUUGUGAAGGGAAGAGCACUGUAUACAAACCUGUGGUCCUUGGUUGAAGGGUUGUAUGUAAAUUUAAUAAGUUAAAGAAAGAAGGAGUACCUCUUGAGCCAGGACUAUAGCAGGGGUAGCCAACAUGGUGACCUCCAGAUGGUUUGGACUACAAUUCCCAUCAGCCCCAGCUAGUGGGCUGCAAGGGCAGGUCUGCUGAGAGGCGUCGUCAAAUGACAUUUGGUCCCCCAUCCCUGCUAUAAAAUGUUGCUGGUGUGGCAUCUGCUGCUAGCUCCUCCUUUUUGGAAACAUCAGAAACUGGACAACACCCGCUCUUUCUGCAUGUGUGCUAAAACUCUGGUUUUGGCUUCUCUCACAGGUUCAGCAGAGACGGCAGGAGCUGGAGCAGGCCCUGGGAAUCCGCAACACAUAGGCAGGCCUGCCUCUCCCAAGCCAGCAGGUCUUAACGGCUAACCAAACACUGCAGGGAUUCACUGCUCAGGCCUAUACAAUUCCCACUUCAGCACAGAACCUACCGUUCCUCUCCCGACAUCUCUUUCCGCUGCUCCGGUCCCCUCCCUCGGGGGGAGGAGGGGAUGGUGUCAGGCCAAAGGUCUUGUAUUUCAGCUUGGCCUCCUUCCUCGAUUGUUGCCUUUGGAGCCCCAGGGCUCUCCUGUCCUGGCUCUAGCUGAAGCUCUUCCACGCUUGGAACAGCUUCAGUUCAGAGCCUUGCAAGCUCAGGACCUCCUUGCCAGUCCCUAGGAACUCCCCCCCCCCCCAAUUCCACCCCCAAAGCUGUGUCUGCACAUCAGCUUUGUACCUGAGCAGAUGGGUACAGGCCUGGGCCCGUUCAGCUUCUUGUAGGGCGAGAGGAGAGGAGCAGGAGGGUGUCACUGCAGCAAAUUCCAUAUGCCUUUCAGGGGCUGAGGGAUGUUGUGCAAAUUCAUCUAUUCUGAAACAGCCGGAGCUCCCUCUGGCUUUUUCCCUGGGAGCUGCGACGCAGCAAAGUUGGCAAGGAGUCUGCAGGGUCACUACACUUGUAUCUGUCUUAACUUCAUGCUGGUGUUUUGCUUUUUGUUUUCGAAUGGGGUAGCUGGCGGAGAUGCCCAGAUACAGUCUUGGGCCUGGGCCUGUUCCACAGUGGUCAUCCCAAUCGUUGCCCCCCUCCCCAGCGGGGGAGGAGGGGCAUCUCCAUCUCGCCCCUACCUCCAUCCGAAUUCCUAAACGCUGCUUCUUCCCCCCACCCCACCCCGCAACUCUCUAGAUCCACAGAACUUGGGGGAAGGGCACCUUCCCAGUCAGGGUUGCUUUCCUAAUGCCUUCCUCACCUAAUAUGGCACAGAGCAGGUUUCUGGAGCGAAUUAACAGGGUGCGGAACUGACGGAGCGGGGAGAGAUGGCAGGCAGGUGUUCAUGACCUGGGAGGAAUUUUUGGCAAAAGCAGCCACUCACUUCUGACAUGUGGUUGUUUGGGGCUGGAAGGUUGGUCCCAAGCACCUGCUGUAGGGUUUUUUUUUGGGGGGGGGGAAAUGGAGCUGCAUCUUUCUGCAGACUGGUUUUUGGGACUGUAAUGCAGCUGGACAGGUCCCGGCUGCUUGUACUCUUAUGACACUAGCUGCAAAAAAAAAAUCAAGUUACUGACAAGCCCCACUUCCUCAUCCACCUCCUGGAAUGAGGCCAGGGGCCGCUUUGAAUUCAGGAGUCCGGGUGGCCCUAUUCCCUUGUGUAUGCGUCCACGUUCAGAGAGUGAGAGGCUCUAUCCUUCUUGUCUCGUCUUUGCCAUAUGAAAGACCACCUCGCCCUUUUUACCUACCUCCCCGUCCACCACCAAACCCCGCUUUGUGGUACCAGGGAUUAGAACCCCGGUGCCUUAACGUAGCUGCCGCAGGCUCUCAGGGCAAGUAUAGAUGAAGGAAGCUCAGAGACUGACUGGCUCGGCAAAGUGUAGCUGCUUUUAACUGCUCCCUAUUAUGCUUUUGUGUUUCGUGGCUCUCUUUCUUCUCUCCCUUCUCCCUCCCCGUGGACCAAAUCUUUUUUCUUUUUCUUUUUUUGUACUGUAUCCUUUUAGAUGUCACCUUCUUCUAAUAAAAACUGCCUCUAAACGAUGGA